AUGCGUUUUGAUGGGCGGGAUGUAGGCGAAGUGUUGAGAUGGUGGUACUAGCCAACAUCAAAUGCGUUUUGUAUACAAUUCGGGAAAGAAAUUUUAUUUUCCUUUCAUGAGAGAGACUGUCUGAAGAGUAGGGAGUGGGAGGUGUUGUUUCGAUGGGCUCUCUCUCAGCUGUAGUCUGUCUGUACAACAAUGCUCAUGGAUUUUUUCCUAAUGCGGGUAUACCUUCCUCUCGACCUCACAACAUCAAAAAGAAACUCAAGACAUCACGCACUACAGCGCAGAAACUCCUUUCUUCCAUCUACCAAGAAUCCUUUGAGUUCACGUCCUGUCACAAAGCCAAAGUCACCGUUACAUACCCACCUAACAGCCUGAUCGACUAUGCGGCAAGCCUUUGGUUGCAUUGUGGAUUCAAGCCCGCCACCACGCGAGCGACCUCAACAUCCGAUUGUAUAAGUCGCUUUUCCCAGCUCUAUGUUCCACAGGCAGUGCGUGCAAAUGUGUAACACACAUCACACAGCAUCGCACCACGCUUCUCCAAAACGCCGUAGACACCCAGAGGGCUUCCCUAUCAUCAUUGAAUAUGGCGGUUUAACAUACCCCGUACGGACGCCCUUAGGGAGAGGGAUAAACGCCACGG